AUGUUCCAUUGGCUUCCUUGGCACUCAUUGGGCGUUCCUCAGGGCCUCGGGCUCUCAUUGUUCCCAAUCGUCUUUUUCAUUAUCUCUCUCUCUCUCUUCCUGUCAUUUUUGCCUUCCCUACCAUCUCACACCCUCGAUGUUUUGACUUCGGCUGGUGUAUGUACAGGCUUGCACUCCGUGGCUGACCUGUACUGCGACUGCUGUCACACUGUGCUCGGCUGGAAGUACGAACAGGCCUUCGAGUCGAGCCAGAAGUACAAAGAGGGCAAGUACAUCAUAGAGCUGGCCCAUCUGAUUAAGGACAACGGCUGGGACUGGGCGUCCCAGGAGCCGGAGCAGCGUCGGCCGUACUAA